AAAAAUUGAAUAAAAAAUGUUCACCUGGGAACAAAAUUGUUCUCUGUCCGCAAAACAAAAUUAAUAGUAACCCAGCCGCUAAAAGAGGACCUUCGCUCGCUCAAUUCAAUGGUGAUGGAUGACGUUAGUUUCUCUUCUUUGGAUGAAGGGAAGUCUUCCCUUUUCCUUUUCAUGCCUUUCUUUCAGUUUCUUUUUUCUUUUAUCAAAAUUCCAGUGAAACUAACUCCAUUGUUAAAGAACAUUUCAAGCAAGAGAAAUGAAUUCGAAAAACCCAGAAUUAAUUUUUGGAGUUUCGGACUGAGAUUCAAGGAUGGAAUAAUGAAAUUGAUUUCAAAGCACAUAUAGUCUUGUGAGAUUACGGUUCGAAAGAAUUCAGAGAUAUAUAUGAGAAAGGUGAAAUAGGAGGAGAUAUGUGGGGCUCAACGCCAACAAUGAAUCUUCCGAUAGGGAAAGAGAGAAAUAAGUUGGUAGCUGUGGCCAUUGACAAAGAUAGAGGAAGCCAGAUGGCUCUGAAAUGGGCUCUUGACAAUCUUGUUGCCAAAAACCAGACCAUACUCUUGCUUCAUGUGAAUCUUACCCAAAGUAGUAAUCUUUGUCUGACAAUGUGCAUGUGCUAAUUAUUUCCCAAUCAAUUAGCAUCAUUGGUUUAGGAUAAUAGUAAUUUGACAAAUUCACGAGUUGUCAAAAAUCAACACGUAUAAAUUUCAUUAAGAAAUAAUUUUCAAAACCAAUUCUUUAAUGGCUAAACCAUUCUUAGCUAAGGCCAAUUUUCACAUUUGUUUUUAUAUAAAUGCAAAAAACUUAGAUGUAGAGUUUUGUCUAUACUGAUAAUGUAUAUAACUAUGCUAUUGAUGCAGGACCAAAUCAGGAUUCUGAUAUUUGUGAUGAGAAUGGAUUGACACUUCGAGAAAUGGAUCCACAAUCAAAAGACCUAUUUCUCCCUUUCCGUGUCUAUUGCACACGCAAAGAUGUACGAUGUCACGAAGUCUUGUUAGAAGAUCUAGACCCUGCUAGAGCAAUUAUUGAAUAUACAAAUCGAGUUGGGGUUGAGAUAUUAAUUCUUGGUGCUGCUGCUAAAGGUGGUCUUCUAAGAUUUAAAAUGAAAGAUAUCCCUGGAAAUGUGCUAAAAGGGGUACCUGAUUUCUGUACUGUGUAUGUUAUCUCCAAAAAUGGAAAGAUAUCAUCUACCCGGUCUGCUUCUCGUUCAGUGCCAUUCACCCAUCCACUACGUCACCAAUUGGCUACCACAAAACCAAAUGCAGCAGAGACGCUGUUUCCAUCAAAGACUGUUGAUUUUUCUGGAGAUUCAAGCUUUACAUCUGAGUUAUCUUCUGCCAGUUCACAGAAUGAUAUAAAGUCUCCAUUCACUCGCAGGAGAGCAGGAAAUGGGAAGCCAUAUGAACACUCAAGGCCAACUAGUGACAUAUCCUUUGUGAGUUCUGGUAGAGCAAGUAUUGAUAGCUGUUUCCCUUCGUACAAUGACAGCUUUGAGGAUGGUCCAACCCCACCCCGGCUUUCGGGCUUCUCAGAAUUUGAAACUAGCAGUUUUGAAUCCUCCAACUUUGGCCGGAGAUCAAUGGACUUGUCAUCACCUUCUGAGUUAUCUUUUGUGUCAAUGGACAGUGAUCGAAUGUCUAUGUCGGGAAUGGAUGAUGUUGAAGCAGAAAUGAGAAGGCUGAAACAAGAGCUUAAGCAAACAAUGGAAAUGUAUAGUACGGCAUGCAAGGAAGCACUGAGUGCAAGACAGAAGGCAAUGGAGCUCCAACGCUGGAAAAUGGAUGAACAAAAAAGAUUAGAAGAGGCACGAUUAGCUGAGGAAGCUGCAUUGGCUCUUGCAGAAAAAGAGAAGGCCAAAUCAAAGGUGGCCAUAGAACGUGCUGAAGCAGUUCAAAGGUUAGCUGAAUUAGAAGCUCAUAAGAGAAUUAGUGCAGAAAUGAAAGCACUGAGCGAAGGAGAUGAGAGCAACUCAGCGAUGGGCCAAAUUUCACAAUCGCGUUGCAGAUACAGGCGGUACACAAUCGAAGAGAUUGAAGCAGCAACUGACUGCUUCUCAAAAUCUCUCAUAAUUGGAGAAGGUGGGUAUGGGCCAGUAUAUAAAUGCUAUAUUGACCACACAUCUGUUGCAGUUAAGGCCCUUCGCUCUGAAGCAGCUCAUGGAAGACAGCAGUUUCAGCAAGAGGUUGAAGUGCUGAGCUGCAUAAGGCAUCCUAAUAUGGUUCUUCUUCUAGGAGCAUGUCCUGAAUACGGUUGCUUGGUAUACGAAUACAUGUCAAACGGAAGCUUAGAGGACCGCCUAUUUCAAACCGGAGGAACCCCACCACUUUCCUGGCAACUGAGAUUUCGGAUCGCAGCCGAAAUUGGGACCGGGCUAUUGUUUCUGCACCAGACCAAACCAGAGCCGAUAGUCCACCGCGAUCUAAAGCCAGGCAACAUACUGCUAGACCGCAAUUUCGUGAGCAAGAUCAGUGAUGUUGGCUUGGCUAGAUUGGUCCCUCCUUCCGUAGCCGACACAGUUACCCAGUAUCGAAUGACAUCCACUGCCGGAACUUUCUGUUACAUUGACCCGGAGUAUCAGCAAACUGGCAUGCUUGGAAUAAAGUCCGAUGUGUAUUCCCUGGGGAUCAUAUUUCUGCAGAUACUGACGGCAAAACCCCCGAUGGGUUUGACUCACCUGGUUGAAAGGGCGAUUGAGAUGGGCACCUUUACUGAAAUGCUUGAUUCUGCUGUGCCGGAUUGGCCUGUUGAGGAGGCUUUGAGACUUGCCAAGUUAUCUUUAAAAUGUGCUGAGCUUAGAAGGAAAGAUAGGCCAGAUCUGGGGCAGGUAGUGAUGCCUGAACUUGAGAGAUUGAGAGAACUUGCUGAUGAAAGCAUCCCUCCAUCCUCCUUUUAUUAUCCUGGUCGUUCACCAAACCACAGCCAAGUUUCUAUGUCUCAAGAAAAUCUGAGCUGCCCUACGACUGGUAAUUCUGGAUGUGAUAGCUACAGGAGUUCAUCAAGCAGUGGGUUGUAGUAGGUUGGAAGCAAAGCCAAAAAGCAGUUUUAAUUUGAAAUUGUGAAUGAUUGUAUCAUUAUUUCGUUGGAUUUGAACUCAUUUAUCCUAUUAUGUUUAGUUUUAGAGGUAUAAUUAAGCAUCAUCUUUCAUCUGUAUAUAGAAGGUGCUUAGGUUCGAAAUGUAAAUACUUUGAAGUGAUGUUUUAUUUAGUCAGUGUUGGGACUUGUCACGACCCUAGCAAUCAACCCAUCCUAUAACCACCAAGCGGUCCAGUCAACCACAGGACCUGUGUUGGCCCUGUUGAUCGAUCAAACCGGUUCAAAGCUUACACGACAAUUGGCCUGAACCCCACAAUAGCAUUGAAGAAGCAGACCAAAUAGAGUGGCAUGUGGCUUGACUUAUUAGUUGUGGUCAGUGUUCUGAUUUUUUUCCAUGUCGGGCGUGUGAAAACACAAUCCCUCAUUGUGUCCAAUGCUAGAGCCAGCACGAAGCGCAAUGUCAAUGAAUUGAUGUCAUGUGUUCUUGGACUGGGGGUCACAUUUUUUGCUAUGGUGUUGCUUAUUGCUUGGUAUAGCUCUAUUGGCAUCCUGGCCAAGCUAAAUGCAUACCUAGUCAUGAUAAAUAUAGAUUUCCCUUAAAAAGGACUGAAUUUUUUGUCUGAAGAGUUUUUUAGUAGAGCUCAAAGCCUCAAACUAACGUAUCUUUCAAAGAGGAAGAGCUCAAGAGCCAUUGCAAAAAGUCGGUUAUGAAAAAUCUAUUGGGUGCACAAUCUGUAAUUCUGUACAUGUGUGUUCACAUAUACUAGUAUAAAAAAAUGAGGUUCUGUUAAAU